UCCAUCACUAGUUCGCUUUUUCUUUGCUGUGAAAGAUGCUAGAGUUUGUGUUCUCGAAGUAGACUACCGUAAAUAGUUUCAUUCGUUGCAAAAAUAAUGAAUGUUAGGAGUUGAGGAGUCGAUUCCUAGCGCAAUCGAAGUUUGACACCCAUAAAUGAAAGUCGACAACGGGAAUCGACGGUCAAGGAGUCGGGGAAUCGAUUAUUUUUGAGUCGACUCCCCAUCCACUAUUUGCGUCACACGCUCCCCUUCCUCUCAUCAGGACCCGUGCUGAAGGCUCAACUAGGUUAGAGGGAGAAGGUUAAACACGCUCUCCAUCCCCGUGGCAACCCCCCCCCCAUCUAGCUGAACGAGUAAUAGCUAUUACAGCGGGUUACCUCAUCGGCGUUAACGUUACAUGAUGGGUAAAACAGGUGCGGUGUUGGUCUUUCGUACUAUGAAUCAUAGGCAAGCUAGCUAGCUGUAUCGUCCCUUCACACAGAGCUACCUACAGCUGUGUUGAUUACUUUGCUCUGACUCCAUCUACCGCUGACAGUGGGGCAAAUGAGUGAACCGGUGAAGAGUUUGCCUUCCCCUACUUCUUCAGGGGGGCAACCUGCGGGGUCUGAUACCUACAAAGGCUGGCUGUAUAAAUGGACAAACUACUUGAAGGGCUACCAACGCCGGUGGUUCGUCCUUAGCAACGGCCUUCUGUCAUAUUACAGGACUCAGGCAGAGAUGGCCCACACUUGCCGUGGCACCAUCACCCUGGCGACGGCACACAUCGAGGUGGGUGACACCUGCCACCUGGUGCUGACCAGCGGAGGGCGGAACUACCACCUGAAGGCCACUUCCGAUGGGGAGAGUCAGCGCUGGGUCUCGGCUCUCCAACAGGCUAAGGCCAACACCACUCACAUGAUGCACCAAUCAGAUGACUCUGGAGAUGAGGCCCCCGUGCCCCAGCCAGACCGGGCCCUGACCCAGGGGGCUCUGAAGACCCUGGCCAGUAAGCUGGACGACCUGAGCACCUGCAACGAGCUAAUCGGCAAACACGGCACCGCCCUGCAGCGAUCCCUCAGCGAGCUCGAGGACCUGCGCACGGCCACCGACGGCACCGACAAACUCAAGACCGUCAACGAGCGUGCCACGCUCUUCCGCAUCACCUCCAAUGCCAUGAUCAAUGCCUGUCGGGACUUCCUGGACGUAGCAGAGACACACAGCCGAAAGUGGCAGAGAGCCCUGCAGUAUGAGAGAGAACAGCGCCACCACCUGGAGGAGACUAUUGAACAGCUAGCCAAGCAACACAACAGCCUGGAGAGGGCCUGGAGAGAGGCUCCCAGCACACACCCAGACGGGGGUGAGAGAAGGCGGGAGGGGGAUGCCAGUGAUGAGAAUGAGGACACAGAAUUCUUUGAUGCCAUGGAGGACUCCCCUGCUUUCAUCACAGUGACUGCCACUGACCACACCCAGCACAGACGCUCAGCCAGUAACCAGAGUAUCAUGAGCGGACGAUUACCCAAUAAUGAAUGGAGCCACGACGAGAAGGACCCUGGCUCCGACAACAUGCAGCGGCGCAGAGUUAGACGCAGCCGCAUCCCAGACAAACCCAACUACUCCCUCAACUUGUGGAGCAUCAUGAAGAACUGCAUCGGCAAGGAGCUGUCCAAGAUUCCCAUGCCUGUGAACUUCAACGAGCCCCUGUCGAUGCUGCAGCGCCUGACUGAGGAUCUGGAGUACAGUGACCUGCUGGACCGGGCGGCUCGCUGCGAAUCGUCCCUGGAGCAGAUGUGCCUGGUGGCAGCCUUCUCUGUGUCCUCCUACUCCACCACCAUCCACCGCACUGCCAAGCCCUUCAACCCCCUGCUGGGGGAGACCUACGAGCUGGACCGCCUGGAUGACUUUGGCUACCGCUCCAUCUGCGAGCAGGUCAGUCACCACCCCCCAGCCGCCGCCCACCAUGUGAUGUCACAGCGAGGCUGGACCCUGUGGCAGGAGAUCACUAUCGACAGCAAGUUCAGAGGGAAAUACAUUUCUGUCAUGCCAUUAGGCUGUAUCCACCUGCAGUUCCACUCCAGUGGGAAUCACUAUGUGUGGGGCAAAGUCACCUCCACGGUGCACAACAUCAUCGUAGGAAAACUGUGGAUUGAUCAGUCUGGGGACAUUGAAAUAGUCAACCACAGGACCAAGGACACCUGCCACCUCAAGUUUGUCCCUUACAGUUACUUCUCCAGAGACCUCCCACGCAAGGUGACAGGUGUGGUAGCAGACAGCGAGGGCACGGCCCACCACAUCCUGUCUGGGACCUGGGACGAGAAGAUGGAGAGUGCCAAGAUAGUAGAAAGCAGCCGGGGAUGUGGAGGGUCAGAGGGCAAACAAAAGACUGUCUACCAGACCCUCCAGCCCAAACUGUUGUGGAAGAAAUACCCACUUCCGGAGAAUGCUGAGAACAUGCACUUCUUUUCCUCCCUGGCCUUGACCCUGAACGAGCCUGAGGAGGGCGUGGCCCCCACUGACAGCCGCCUGAGGCCCGACCAACGGCUGAUGGAGGCGGGGCUAUGGGACGAGGCCAACGCCCACAAACAGCGUCUGGAGGAACGACAGAGGCUGGAGAGAAGGAAGAGGGAGGCACAGGCCACACAGGCCCUGGAAGAAGGACAAGACUUUGAGGGCUUCCAGCCACUGUGGUUCGAGAGGAGGACAGAUGAUUCAACGGGGGAGAGCACUUACGUGUACAGGGGUGGAUACUGGGAGUCCAAAGACAGACAGGACUGGAGCCAAUGCCCUGAUAUCUUCUAAGACUCCGCCCCUGGGACUGUGACAUCAUCACUGGAGGGCCGAGCUGAGGGACUGAUUGACAAGCAGAGGGAGGAUCCACACGCUGAAGACACAUGGAGAUGUGGACAGCUCUUUGUCUGUGUAUGUGUAUUUGUGUGUGUUCCAGAAAGACAAAGCCCUCCAUUGAGAAUAAUGUAAACUUCCCAUACUUCAAGAACUGAGAUAUAAACAUAAUCUGUCCCCCUCCCCGAUGUAGUUCUCUAAUCAAACACUGAGUGAGUGUGUGUGCAACAGCGUGAGGGAAUGAGACAAAUAACUAUUUAUGACAGAAUAUUUUGAGUGUGAGGGAAAGAGUUAGAAAAUAGCUAAUGCAUGGAAAACCAUAUGUAUUUGAGCUGGUGUGUAUGGUGGUGCCUGGUGCCCCAUUGAUCUGGUAAUAAGGUAAUAACUACCGUAAGUAUAUAAUAUUAUACAAUAAUAGGCAGAGGCCAGAAUGAAAGUGAAAGUUUGUGUUUUGGUGCUAGGAUAGGAUGUUCUGUUCCUAGGAUAGGAUGUCCUGUUCCUCUGAGCUGGUUAGGAACAGAGUGUUCCUCCUGCUGGAGAUAUAGGGGCCUGCAUUUAUGUUGCACUGGCCAAUAGGAAUGUCAGGAGAUAAAGCUCCCCCAGGUUUGUCUAACUGAAAGGUUAUGAAACAAAAAGCUGCACAUAGAAAUAGAGUAACCAGAACAGACAUUAUUUUCUACUUCAAGUAUCUCCAAUAUACUUUACAUAUCUAUAUGUAACAUUAUGUUUCCUUCCAUGCAACAACUAGGCACUCCCCAGGUUUGUAACAAACUGCUUUUCUGCAGUGCAUGAAAACACAGGUGUAGAGGACGCUGGUAUCACUAUGGGUACUUUUGAUUUAAUAUCUGUACAGACAUAAUCUCUGAGAUCCAGAACAAAAAUCUAUACCAGUUAUGUUACGUGUGUCUGUCCACAAGAGAUUAGUACAGACCUAAAAUAGUUAGGGGAAUUUUGAGGUUGUAACAAGCUACCCACGAUUAUAUCGAUUUUGCUCAAAUGUCUUGAUUUCUCAAAUGUUGGUCAUACAGUCGCUAGUGAAAGUCUACACACCUCUUGCACAGUCUUCACAUUUUGUGAAUUAAUUUUGCUGCCUUAAAAUGUAAUCUCAAAAGGGAAUACAUUUGAUUUAUUUCCUACCGAUCUACACAACCUUAUCCUUUAAGUUCAAGAGAAUUCUAGAAAAAUAUCCAAAUGAAUACUAAAUAAAAAACAAAGAUGUCUUGAUUGCGUAUGUCUUCACAGCCCAGAGUUUAUACUUGGCGGAAACACCUUUGGGCAACAUUUAUCCAUUGUUUUUGUCAAAAUUGCUCAAGCUCAAUCAAUUUGGGUGGGAGUCAUUGAUGGACAGCAAUAUUCAAACCUCUGAUUUUCAAGCAAAUUUAAGUCAGGAACACUCAACACCUCUUAGAAAUACAUUCUGGUGUUUUUGACAAGCAUACCCAUAACAUGAUGCUGCCACCACCACUUGAAAAAACUGAGGGUUUCACUCAGUGUUGUAAUGGAUUUGACCCAAGCCUGUAGUUUUUAAUUUAGGCAAAAAAGUCCAUGUCUGCUGUGUUGUCUUGCAGUAUUACUUAACAGCCUUGUUGCAAACAGAAUGGAUGAUUUGGAGUGGAUUUUUUAAAACAGGCUUUAUUCUUUUCACUUUGUCAUACAGGUCAGUAAUGUGGAUGUGAAUGCAAUAUUGUUGAUAAUUUUCUAUUUUCAAGUGUUGUGGUGGCAGCAUCAUGUUAUGGGUAUGCUGGUAACUGGCAGGGACUGAGGAGUUAAUGUUAAUAGGAAAGACACACCAGAUCGGAUUUUAGGUCUUGAGUGUUCCUGAAUGGUCCAGUCUCAGUCCUGACUUAAAUAUGCUUAACAAUCUAAGACUAGGUUUGAAUAUUGCUGUCCAUCCAACGACUCCCAACCAAAUUUACUGAGCUUAAGCAAUAUUGACAAAGCAUGGAUAUGUUGCCCUAAUAGUUGUGCAAAAUUGGUAGAAUAUUAUUCUAAAUGUUUCACAGCUGUAAUGGCAGCCAAAGGUGCUUCCACCAAGUAUUAACUCUGGGGUCUAAAGACACACACAAUCAGGACAUCUUUGUUCUAGUUUUUUUUAUUUUUUUGUAAUUUGGAAAAUUCUAUAAUUUUUCUUUCACUUUGGAAAUGUGGAGUGGGCUGUGUACAUCAGUAAGAACAAAAACCCAAUUUAAUCCAUUUUUAGAUGUACUUUAUUUUAAGGCAGCAAAAUUAAGACUUUAUAAGGGGUAUGUAGACUUUCACUAGGCACUUGUUUGAGUGCCUAAUUGUGUACAGACAAAAUCUUAAAUUGUUUCAUGAUUCCUCCCUGUGCGAUGAAAUGUUUCAAAGUCUUAUAUUUUUUUAAAUAUUAAGAAAUCAUAUGAAUUAUACUAUAACAUGUGUAAUUGAGGUGGGUAAUUCAAUUAUUACACAUCAUUGUGUUUGACUGCAGGCAUUUAAACAUGCACCAUCAAUGAACUCAAACGAGUGUUGUGGCACCACGUGUAGCUCAUGCAUGGUUUAGUGUGCUCAUACACUGUUAUCUAGUAUUAAUUAGGCAUUAAUUAGUAUCAAUUAGUUGUUUCUGGACUUCAUUCAGAGAAGAACAUCAUGUGAAUUCACCUUUUGUGCCCUAGGCCUUCGGAAAUACAUUUUCUUUUAGCUCAAACACACAAAGCGUCUCAAUGUAGUCUUUCAAACACUCGCAAUGUCAUUAGAGAUGGUCUAUAAUGUUGUAAUCGGAUUUGGUGUCAGUCCUCAAAUCAAGACAAUGAUGAGAAAUAAAUGAGAUAAGCCUUCAGGAAGGAUGAUGUCCCCUGAAGACCCAUAGCCAAGAGGAGAUUUCCACGGGGACUGUUUGUCUGAUCUGGGCUUGCAGCAGAAGCUCUGGGGUCUCAUGAUGGGGUAGUGAAAGGACACUGAGGGCUGCACACUCCACUUUAGGCUACUUGUUUGAUGUCACCUUGUCUCUAGCACACACAUGUAUUCAAGGUGUAACACUCAAUAAACCCAAAUAAAUCGACCUAUGUGCACUUUA